GGUGCCCUAAUUCGCUCAGUUCUACACUUGGACUCUUCUAAGAAAUACAAUCGAUUGCUGGUCUGUGAUUUCUUGCCCUAAAUCGUCGACUGCUGCAGUGCUCCUAAAUCGAAGCUGCCUCCUAAAUCGAUCUUGCUUAUUAAUCACUAAUCAGGUAGUUUCAACCAUCAUGGCUGAUGAAGAACCGAAGCCUCUAAAUUAUGUGUCAGAGAUUGUAUUGAAGAAAAGGAAAAGCAAUGAGGACUGGGCAAAUAGAAGGAAAGAGCAGUUGGAGCAAAGGGUGAAGAAAUCUAAGCGUGAUAAUUUCGUCAUCAAGAAGCCAGAACAGUUUAUCAGAGAAUACCGUGAUAAAGAGUCUGAUCUCAUCAAAAUGAAACAUCGGGGAAAACGAGCAAUAAAAGCAUCCAUGUUCCCGCAUUCAAAGCUUCUUUUUGUCAUCCGUAUACAGGGUAAAAGCGACAUGCAUCCACAAACAAGGAAACACUUGUACUCUCUGAGACUUAGAAGAAUGUUCAGUGGUGUUUUUGUCAAAGCAAAUGACAGAAUAUUAGAAAUUCUACAGAAAGUGGAGCCGUAUGUGACUUACGGGUAUCCAAACCUCAAGAGCGUGAAUGAGCUGAUAUACAAGAAGGGUUUAGCAAAAGUUAACAAACAGAUAUUUCCUUUGACGGAUAAUAACAUAAUCGAACAGGCACUGAGUGAGCAUGGAAUUAUAUGCAUAGAAGACAUCGUAAAAGAGAUUGCGAACGUGGGCCCACAUUUCAAGGAGGUUUGCAAUUUUUUGUGUCCGUUCAGUCUGAACAAGCCGGAGAAGGCGUUGCAGGGUAAGAAAAGACCGUUCAGGGAUGGCGGUGAUUCUGGGAACCGUGAGGAUCAAAUUAACGAGCUGAUCGGUAAAAUGAAUUAGAAUUCGGAACACGAGAUUAGAUAUGAAUCCUUGUGCUUAGGUGAAUGUGAACCAAAAGGUCACUCUUUGAAUUUUGAACUCAAAGCUUCUUUGCUUUCUUUGGUAGAAACCCUUUGCUAUUUUUUCUCCUUUUUGAGCUUCCAUUUUUGAUGAUCUUUUAAAUGCUUUUAUGAUAUGAUGUUUUUCAUAUUUCAAC